CGGGGAGAGGGAAAGAAAGGACAUGGCGGCUGCGCGGGGGGCCGCUGAGGGGCCGAGGAGAAGGAGAAGUGGCGGCCAGAGGCAGCGGCGGGGAGCCUGACAGGUCAAUUCUGUUUUAAAAAAAUCAAACCCGAGGAGAGUUCUGGCUUUAACCGGUGCGAGCCUGGGGGAGAUUUCCGCUGGAGUCUGUCAGCUGCUCUCAUGGUGUCUCGGUCCCAACCAGUUGCUAGCUAAAGGCCUCAUCGGCUUGCAUCUUCCAGCAGAGAUGUGGAGGAAUUCCGCCGGCUCACGGGAUGCCAGUGAGCAGUGAGUCUGGCGCUUGGUAACGCCUGAGGGUAGAGGGUGUCCUCACCUCCUCUCGCUCUCUCUCGCUCCCUUGCCCGUCCUGCGCCGUUUGCCUUUGCUUUGGGGGCAAAGAGAGAGAGUGUGUGUGUGUGUGUGUCUUUCUGCCGUUUGGAGAUGGCGAGGAGCUGACGGUCGCGUGCAGCCACCGCGGCAAUGAUCGGGAAGAAGAAGAGUGGCUUCCAGAUCACCAGCGUCACCUCCGACUACGACAGUGGCAGCGGGGAAGGGCUGAAGGAGCCACUGAAUGGCGAGGCAGAGGCUGGGAGGCCUGCCACGAUCAAUGGAGGGCUAGGCUUUAGCUCCUCCACCGAGACUGAGCUGCUGGUUAAGGACGAUCGGACUAAGCCGGCGAUGACAGGGCAGCCAGCUGCUAGCAGAGAGGCCAGUGAAGUGCCAAAAGAAGCCGGGCCAGCGGGGGUGCUCCCUGGGACCAGGUCCCCCCCACCCCCGGCCCCCAGCCCCUGCAGCUCUCGCUUCCGGGUGGUGAAGCUGGAUCACGGGCUGGGUGAGCCGUACCGUCGGGGCCGCUGGACCUGUGUGGACCUGUACGACCGCGAGCUGGACAGCCACGGCCUGGCCAAGGUGCUGGACAGUGGCCGCCAUGUCAACUCCCUGGACUCGCACCCAGAUUUCGGCGCCCUGAUUGCCCACAGGGCAGUGAGCCAGCUCUGGCCCAGGCCACAUGCCCCCAAGAGCCAGGGCUCCCCCCUGGGUGAGGCUCCGAGGGCCCGUGCUGCCGACACCCUGCACGUGCUCCUGCAGGCAGCCAAGACCCUGAGUCUGGACUCUCCGCCUGGGACUGCCGCCCCCGUCGUCGUCCCCUCCUCCUCCUCACCCUCGCCCCCCCAGCCCCACGGGGCUCCCAGCACAAGCGGCAACGCAAGCGUGACGCCCCAGGAGAAGGGGGAUGUAGCAGCAAGACCCCACCCUGCCAACCAGCCACAUGGAGCCAAGGCUGGCGCCGCAGAGACGGCCUCACCGCCGCCGGAACAGCCACCAUCGAAUGUGAAGCAGCCCUCCUCGGGAGACCAGGGGGGACUGAGAAAGUUUUCUGAGCCUCGAUCCAUGUCUGUCUUGCCGGCCCUGUCUGUCCAGGAUGGUAGCCCUUCCAGAAAGACCCGUGCCUCCGAGCCAAGUGCCGCCAGCUCUCUCCGCUUCGUCUCGCCAAUGCAGACACUGGCCAAGUCCAUGCUGUCGGUUGGAACGCACCCAGACAGCGAUGACGACAGUGGUUCCAGCAGCAGCAUGGUCGCCAUUGACAACAAGAUCGAACAAGCCAUGGACUUGGUGAAGAGCCACCUGAUGUACGCGGUGCGGGAGGAGGUGGAGGUGCUGAAGGAGCAGAUCAAGGAACUUGUCGAUCGCAACGCCCUGCUGGAGCGGGAGAACGCCUUGUUGAAGUCGCUUGCCAACCCAGAGCAGCUGUCCCAGCUCCAGGCUCAGCUACGGAGUACGGGCAGCACUGUCACUGGGUCGUCGGGCUCCUCACCCGCCAGCACUGCCUGAGGCAAUGAGACAGUGGGCAUAGUAAAACGUUCCUUACCCUCCCCACCACCACCUGAAACACUACAUGAGACAGCAAGGUGAGGGGAGGGCAGUGUACCUUCCGGUACCGACACUCCAGCACCGAGCCCACAGGAUCCGAGCUUCAGAAACAAACUGAUCGAUGUGAUGCUGCUAACCUGGCAUUCGCUGCCUUUUUUCAUAAGACUCUGUGUGUGUGGGGCACGAUGGGAUAAGGGAUGGCUGCCUCUCUAGAAUCUGCUCAAGAUCUGAGGGAGGGUUGAGGAAUGAGAUGGGCCCUUCCACAUCCUCAUACUGGUGCCUGUCUGUCUACCCCCUCGAUCCAGCUCUUUCGCUCACUCUCUCUUUCGUGCUUUCAAUCCUUUGCUCUCUUUCUCUCUGUCUCAUCCCUCCCACGCAAGCUCCCUCCCUGCCUCGUGCGCUCAUUUUCUUUUCCUCCAUCUUUCGCACUCUUGCUUGCUCCUGCUGUCUUUCCUCCCUCAUUCCUUCCUCCCACCCUCCUUAGGUGGGAAUUCAGUGACCAAUCAUGUGCACGGAGAUGGGAUUCGGAAGGCUGUUUUUGUUUGGAUGGGCAGAGAGGGAGCAUGGGUGGGUGUGGGGAAUGAGACCUCUACUACCCUUGCCUCCCUUAAGCCGUGCGGGUACCGUCACCCCCCACCUCACAACCACCAUUGUCUGCUGGCCUCACUUAGUUCUACAGGGUUCCUCCUGAUUGGGUGGGAUAGAGAGACAGCCUCUGCGCACACUGUUUUUGUUUUUGUUUGUUAAAUUGAUAAAGCCUUACCUUACCUCA